UGAUGACGUAGCAGCUAUGUAAGCGAACCAAUCAUCUUGUCCGGUGGGAGUGGAGGGGAACUAGGCUCGCAGGAUGCGGGCGGGGUGAGUGCAUAUGAACUAAUGUAGCCUGAUCAAACAUCGACCACAAAUUCAUUUACCCGCUAAUAUCCUCAGGUCCUUUGAGGGUAUAUCAUGGCUGCUACCUCCCAUGUGUUCAGGGUCAUCCGUGGCAGGAGGUGUGGUCGGAUACUGGUGCCACCCAUAACAUGCCAAAACUGCAGCCGUCCUCCUCAUCCAUGCAUCUAUGCAACUCGGCCACACAGCUUUGAACAAAGAUGGCAGCACCAGGUGCGGGGAUACAGGACAACACCCGCAUGGCACACCUACUACUUGACCCCACCUCAGGUGAACAGCAUUCUAAAAGCUAACGAGUACAGCUUCAAAGUUCCUGAGUUUGAUGGAAAGAACCUCAGUUCGGUCAUGGGCUUUGACAGCAACCAGCUCCCGGCAAAUGCACCAAUUGAGGAUCGCCGAAGUGCAGCAACUUGCUUACAGACCCGUGGCAUGAUUUAUGCCGUAUUUGAUGGCCAUGCAGGCUGCGCAUGUGCUCAGGCACUCACGGAGCGCCUCUUCUAUUACAUUGCCGUCUCAUUACUGCCACACGAGACGCUGAUAGAGCUGGAGAAUGCAGUGGAGAGUGGAAGACCUCUUCACCCAAUAUUGCAGUGGCACAAGCAUCCCAACGACUACUUCAGCAAGGAAGCUUCGCGGCUGUACUUCUCCAGUUUGCGCACGUACUGGCAGGAACUGCUGGAUCUGAGCGUUCCUGGGGAGCAACCGGAUGUUGCUGAAGCUCUUGUGAGUGCCUUUAAAAGGUUGGACAAUGACAUAUCCCUUGAAGCGCAGGUUGGCGACCCGAAUGCGUUCUUGCACUACUUGGUGCUCCGUGUUGCAUUCUCAGGUGCUACUGCAUUAGUUGCACACAUUGAUGGUAAUGAGCUGCACAUUGCCAACACUGGAGAUUGCCGUGCAGUCCUGGGCGUACAAGAACCUGAUGGCUCUUUUUCAGCCCUCACGCUCACCAAUGACCACAAUGCACAGAAUGAAUCUGAGAUGAAGCGUGUGCGGUCUGAGCACCCGCUUUCUGAGGCCAAGAGUGUGGUGAAGCAGGAUCGACUGUUGGGGUUACUCAUGCCAUUUCGCGCCUUUGGAGAUGUUAAAUUCAAGUGGAGUAUUGAACUACAGCACCGUGUUCUCGAGUCCGGACCGGACCAGCUCCAUGAGAAUGAGCACGCCAAGUUCAUCCCACCCAACUAUCACACACCACCCUACCUUACGGCAGAACCGGAGGUGACGCGACACCACCUUCGUCCACAGGAUCGUUUCCUGGUGCUGGGCUCGGAUGGGCUGUGGGAAACGCUACACAGGCAGGAGGUGGUGAGGAUUGUGGGUGAACAUCUCACUGGAGUGCACCAGCAGCAGCCAGUCAGUGUUGGCGGCUAUAAGGUGACCCUGGGUCAGAUGCAGGGAUUGUUGCAGGAGAGGAAGGCUCGCAUCUCCUCCACCUUCGAAGACCAGAAUGCGGCUACGCACCUGAUUCGGCAUGCGGUGGGGAGUAAUGAGUUUGGAAUGGUGGACCAUGAGAGGUUGUCAAAGAUGUUAAGCUUGCCAGAGGAAUUAGCCCGCAUGUAUAGGGAUGAUAUCACAAUCAUUAUAGUGCAGUUUAACCCACACGUCAUAGGCGGACAGUAGAAGCGGACCCACUUUUUCUUUCACAUGCUCUGUUACAUACAUCUCAUCACACUGCAUUAUCAGUAAUAUCAGCACAGCAAAAUAUCUAUAACGGUGGAAUGUAUUACUCUUGAGUGUAUUUUUAUGUUCAUUUUUAUUUUCACAUAUUCAAGGCAGCUACCCUUGAAAGGAAUUCUAAUAUUCAGGAGGUGAGCAGUGUUUAUUCCCAGUGUUAUAUGUGGAAUUAAGCCAAACAGAAAAAAUGAAGCUCACUGCAGACCUACUGUCACAAUUAAACCGUCAAAAUGCAACACAAAACCAUAAAUCAAGACUGGAAAUGUACUAAUGUGUUUAUAUAGUGCUUGUUGUUCCAAAAUGUGCUUUUAUGUUGUAUGGUUUUAAUUUUUGAAUGAAUGAAAACGGAAAGUAAAGCAAAGGUCAUUUUUAAAUGUUGAGUGAGUGUUAGAGAAAGAAUAAGAAUAGAAAGCAAAGUAGGUCCAGAUUUGUACUUUUGAAAUUGGAGUGCUCUUUAACUGGGAUAUGUCAAAUAAGAAGUUAUUUUAAAGGGACAGUACACUCAAAAAUUACAAUUAUGUCGUUUACUCACAUUCAUGUAAUUCCAAGCCUGUAUAACUGUACAAGAUAUUUGAAAAAUGUCCCAGUGACUGUAAGUCGGUGGACCCCAUUCUUAUUUUGGACCCCACUGGCUUUCAUUACAUGGACACAAACUGUUACUCAUAAUGCCUUUUUGUGUCCUGCAGGUUUCAGAAUGGCAUAAAGGUGAGUAAAUGAUGACAGGAUUUUCAUUUUUACGUUAAAUAUCCCUUUAAUGUUUUAUUUUGGUUCUAAUGAACCAAAUGAGUUGCUAAUGUGUUUUUCAGAAUUGAUUUUCUUGCAAACUAUUCUAUUUUAGUACCAUUUGUAUUCUAUCUUUACUUGACUGAUAAGUUCUUCUUUUUGUACAGCAUGCCUUUGUAGAUAAAGUUUAUCAUGAAGCAUGUCUUGGAGUUCAAGGGUCAUCAAAAUGUGGUUUGCACACAUUAUCUUCUCAUUACUGUAAAAGUCCUGAUAAAGAGGUCUGCCUUUUUUUUUUUUUUUUUUUUUUUUUUUUUUGUUGCCUGUAUGUGGAAUCAGAAGUUGAGCAUUUGUUUGGUUGCAGUAACAAAUGCUCAGAAUCUCCAUAUUGUUCCUUAAUUGACACUUUUAACGUGUAAAAUGUAAUUAAAGACAUAACUGCUACUGCACACAAAAGAUUCUCUGUUUCUUAAAUAUUAUUCUUACCUCAGUACCUUCUGACAAAGAUCUUUUAUUUAUAAUGCUGCUGACCAUUGCUGAAAUCCCUGUUUUCUGAUGUGUGGAUGUGUGCUGAAUUUCUCUGAAAGGUGAAGGAGAGGUAUUUAAUGACAAACCAGAUAUGCUUACACUUCUUAAAAGAUGCAAACAUACCUAUAUGAUCACACUACAAUGGGGAAAUAUGAACCUGAAGGAUUGUUGAUUGUUCCCAAAGUAAUUCAUUUGUUUUCUAAGUAUUUUUCCAGGUGUCACAACAUUUGUCAAGUGAUUACCGGCCACAAGGUAGAGAUUAGAAUUUGAGAUCAAUGUCAUUUUUUUUGGUCCGAGGGUUAUUGAACAAGUUUAAAACCAUAACUCUGUAAUUGUGCUUUCUUGCCUAUUUUCAUUAUGUUCUCAUCUCUUGCACAAGAACGAAGCUGAUUACAACAUAAAAUGUUUUGAAUGAUAGUCAAUCAGCAAACAGUGUUAUUAAUGUAAUACUGUAAUAAACUUAUAGGCUUGAUGAAGUGUAAAUACAGAGUGCUUUAGAAGUAAAUGUAUGCUUCAGCUUGUUACGUAUGAAAUGUUUAGUAUAUUUAACAAUAUUACUAUUGCUGGUGCAUGGGCAUGACUUCUACAAAUACUCUUACCUUUUGUAUUUGAUUUUAAUAAAAAUGUAACCAAGUAA